UUGUUGACGCAGCACCUCCCUGCGAGGAUUAUUGUUGACGCAGACCUAUCCUGCGGGGUAGUCUUGUUUUCGCAGCACCUCCCUGCGAGGAUUGUUGUUGACGCAGACCUAUCCUGCGAGGUAGUCUUGUUUUCGCAGCACCUCCCUGCGAGGAUUAUUGUUGACGCAGACCUAUCCUGCGGGGUAGUCUUGUUUUCGCAGCACCCCCCUGCGAGGAUUGUUGUUCACGCAGACCUAUCCUGCGAAGCACCUUUCUACACUCGCGGGGCUCAUGGCAGCGAGGGAGCACAGUCUUACAUCGCUGGGCUCGUGGCAGCGACAGCCGUGGUCACGGAAGCUCUCAAGCCCGCAGGCAAGAGAGGGACACUAUGA